GAGAGAGAGAGAGAGAGCAUAGGAGAGAGAUAAUGGGUGGAAGAACAGAAGAGGAAGGAAGUGUGAGCUUGGAGCUUCUGAGGUUAAAAAUGGCGGAAUUUGCAGAGGAAAGGAAUUGGGAUCGCUUUCAUAGCCCAAGAAAUCUCCUUCUUGCUCUGGUGGGAGAAGUGGGAGAAUUAUCGGAGAUAUUCCAAUGGAAAGGAGAGGUGGGGAAGGGGCUGCCGGAGUGGGCGGAGGAGGAGAAGGAGCACUUAGGAGAAGAGCUUUCCGAUGUGCUUUUGUAUUUGGUGAGGCUCUCUGAUAUGUGUGGCGUUGAUCUUUCCAAAGCUGCCCUAAGGAAGAUCCAGCUCAAUGCUCUCAAAUACCCUGCUAACAAAUCCAAGCCCUCUUCUUGAUCUUAUAAUGUCGAUCGUUAUUGUUACUAAUUAAGCUCGAGAAUGUUCGGGCCGAACGAUGAAGAUGGGAAGCCAUAUAUAUAUAUAUAUAACUCAUCUUCACCUCA